GGAUACCAUGGUACCUGGGUUAUUUAAUCUUAAUUUUUAAUUAUUUUGUGAAAUAAAAUUUGAUUGUUUUAUAAUGAUUAUAUUCAUGAUUUCCCAAAGUUAAUUCUUCAUGAAAUGCUACGGGCUGCAAAGGAAGCAACUGCUCUCCAAGAAGACAAAAUCAAGUUGGAAAAGGAAGUUGAAGAGCUCACUUUCCACCUACAGCUUGAGAAACAAAUGAGGCUCCAGUUCCAGGAAACAAGGGCAUUGCUAAUCAAGCAACAUGAGGUUGCAAAGAAUGUGGCCGAGCAUGUUGCUGUCAAUGAAAGUGAGGCUGCUAAGAAAGUGGCUGAGCGCGCAGUCUGUCACUCAGGAGUAAGUUUGGGAUUCAUAACUAGUAGUUGGGAAGUUGACUGGAGGAGGCUUAGGAGAAUUUGUGGAUUGAGGAACAACAAAACUAGGAAUCUACGCAAGGAUUGUGUUGAGUGGUGUGCAAAAAGUUCGAAUGGAAGAGAUGGUGGUCUCCUAUGCCUAUGGGACCCUAACAUAUUUGAAAGGACUGAGGUGUUUGAAGGCAAUGGCCUCUUGGGUGUUGAGGGAUUGUGGGGGAAAAACAAACCAAAAUGCUGCUUUUUGAAUGUAUAUGGUCCUUGUAAUGUGGCUGGUCGUGCAAAACUGUAGGAAGAUUUAUCCAGAUUGAUUGAAGCUCGAAAUUGUUUCUUCUAUAUUGGUGGUGAUUUCAACUGUGUCAGGGGAUCGCAUGAAAUAAAAGGUAAAAUAACUU